UGGUAUGCUGCGCGCGCUCUUGGCUGGGUCUCUAUGGUGAUGGCCGCCUAGUGAAGCCGGCGCCUCUGGAGUCUUGGCUUCAAGAGCCUGAGCGGCUCAGGAUCGGCCCGCGCUUCAUUUUUAAUAGAACGGAGGGAGAUGUAAGGAAGUUUUGGAACAAGUAACAUAAAUGGGAUUCGUAUUUCUACCAAUCAGAUGAACUGAGUUGAAUUUUUCUUUGUGGUUAAGCUGCUGGCAGUAUUGUUUCUUCAUAGUGUUGCAAUUGUAUUGGUCAGAUGGCAAAUAAUACUAAGAUACUGUGUAAACGCAAAAACCCAAAUGAGAAAAAUGUAGAGGAAACCAAAAAGAAGAGACCCAAGAUCCAAAAAUGGACUGUUGUGGAAAGUGAUAUCAGACAUAAUGUCCAAGCGCAACAAAAGGAUGUUGCCGGUUUCACUGUCAACACAGAAAGUAACCAUUGUGCCAUUACCCACAAGCAGCUCCGUGAGCUAAUAAACUAUGCUUUAUUGGGAGAAGUGAGAAGCUCUCCACCCAGCUGGUGCCAGAUUCACAGGCAGAAAGAACUUAAAGGAGUAGCAGUGAUUGUUCUACAUGGAGUGAGUCAGAUGCACUUCUACAGAUACUAUCUCCAAUUUAAGCGGCUGAGGAAAAUAUUCAGAUUUAGAUUUAGCAUGCCCCCUCCUCCUGAUGAUUUUCUGCAUCGUAUUUUUGGAACUGAUAAAUUUCCCCCACAAGACAAAAGUCCAACAAUUAAUGGCACCCCUACAGUGAAUGGUCAUUGCCUUAUGACAGAGAAUAAUAUCCUCAGACCAUCAGAUCUUGACAAUCAUCCCAUCAUUAUUAAAUACGGCAGAAAGAAACAAGGCUUGACCAGUUACUUGCUGAAUGAAGAAGAGCUGAUUAAGAAUGAUUACCCUCUCGCAGGCCAUCCUGGUUCUGAAGGAUUUGUCCAGAGUGGAUGUACAGCUAAAGUAACUGACAAUAGUCCAUUAUUUGGCCUAGACUGUGAAAUGUGCCUGACUACAAAAGGGAAAGAGCUGACUCGUGUUUCUAUUGUCAAUGCAGAGGGAUGUUGUGUGAUGGAUGAGCUGGUGAAACCAGACAACCAGAUCCUCGACUACCUCACCAGGUUCUCUGGGAUUACUAAAACGAUGCUGGUGCCAGUGAAAACAAAGCUGAAGGAUGUCCAGGCCAGGCUGAAGAAGGCCUUACCCAAUGAUGCUGUGCUUGUGGGCCAUUCUUUAAACAAUGACUUGGAAGCUUUGAAAAUGAUUCAUCCAAAUAUUAUUGACACAUCACUGCUUUUUGCCAGAGAGUUGGGUCGAAGGUUUAAGCUGAAAGUUUUGGUAAAAAGCGUUCUAGGGAGGGAAAUUCAGUCAGAAGAAUUGGUUGGCCAUGAUGCAUCUGAAGAUGCAAGAGGAGCUCUGGAGUUGGCUCAAUAUUUUAUCGACCAGGGACCCAUGAAGGUAGCAAAGUUGAACCUGGAGAAUUUUCAAGCAGAACAGCCAGCAGGAGAUAAUUCUACACCCAAGCCAGAAGGCAAAAGUCAGGUGAAUAGAUUGUCAGAUCACCUGAAAGCAAGCUGCAGAGGGGCGGGUGGCAGGCCAUGCUUCCACUGUGGCAGCUUACUAAAUAAGCUGUGUAUGGGUGAUCAGAAAGCAGUGCUAUUAGGCACAAAGAAAGCAAUGAAGGAGCUGAUACAUCAAGGAGCAUGGCAUAAAUUUGAAUGUAGAACAGACAAAGAGGUUGUUCAACAAGCUCAGACUGAAAUCCCAGUUGCCUCUUUAAGCUUAAGUCACUUUACGUCUUAUUCUGAAUAUAUUGAGUGUAAUCUACAUAUGAAGAUUCACGAGCGACUGCUUCAUGAAAAAAUGAAACAGAAGUUGUCAGAAAUGUGUACUGUGUAUGCUGGUCCAUUCUGUGAGGAUUUCUGUUUAAAGUCUGUUAAAAGAACAUUCCAAAACUGUGGUUCCAUCAGCUCCAUUAGUGUUAUCACAGAAACACACAAGCCUUAUGUGCGCAUUGAGUAUGAGCUCCCUGAAAGUGCACAUCUAGCUGUGCUUACAUUGAAUGAAAGCAUUAUGGAGGGAUUCUUCAUUACGGUUCAAAGACCUAUUAAAGAAAACACACUGGAUUGUGACACUGUCCUAAAGAAGCUGGAAAAAGAUGUCACAAGCCAAGCAGUUAUUUAUGUGUCAGGAAUUCAACAGACCCUGACAAAGGAAGACCUCAGUGAGAAAUUUAGCAAAUUUGGCCACGUUGAAGCUGUAAUCUGCCUUGGUGAUAAAGCUGAUGCAAAGCCUAAGGAGUGUUUUAUAAAAUAUGGAAGCCUGGAGAGUGCUCAGGAGGCUCAGGCAACCAUGAAUGGACAAGAAGUGAGAAAAGGAAGACUAAAUGUACUGAGAGCUCUCACUCCCUAUCACCUUCAGACCUGGGCUUCUCAAAGAUCUUACACUGCAGUGAGCCCCAAGACCUUUGAUCAUCCGCCAUUAGACACACAGUCCUUUGAGAGGAGAAAAGAGAAACUUUCUCAAUGUGAGGAAGAACUGAAAAACGUGAUGAGGACGAUGGAUCGGUAUGUGGGGCGACUCUUCAAGGCUUUAACCAACAACACACUCUGCAUAGUCCUACUGCCAGGGACAAAUAGUGCUCAAUGCUCAACGGCUGGGCUGUGUCUCCUCGAAAUAAAGCAGAAUCCUUAAAAUCAACUGUUCGAUGUGGACUGGAGGUGCUUCUCUUCUGAUGCUACACAACUGGCUGUUACUGAAUUGAUUAAUAAGUGAAUAUACUUCCUGGACCACAUUCUUUUAUGAGUGCUGCUUAACUCAGGCAACAACAGUGACUGAGCCAAGAAAGCUGCUUAAUUUUUUCUUUAUUAAACUUCUAUUAAAAAAAAUGUUCCAAGUGUGA